AUGAAGUCUAAUCAGAAUAUUUUUUCUAAAAAGUCUCAUUACGUUAUUGAUGCACAAUCACGAAAAACUGAUUCACUUUUAGAUAAAGAUUUAAAAUUCGAUACAGCAGUGAUUAACAUACCAGUCUCAAAGGAUGAAGACGAAGAGGUAAUGAAAUAUCUUAUACAACGUUUUAAAGAGAAAACAUUUGAUAAUUUUAAAAUGGAACAGAUUAAUGAAAUUUCUGAAGAAAAAGAAGUUAAAAUUGAACUCUGUAAAGAUAAUGAGCAAAUUUUAGAACUUUGGGAUGAUUUAGAAACAACUCUUGAUAAUCUAACAAAAUCACUAUAA